AUGGCCACACCGCGGCUUUGUACUGAAAACAGUGAGCUGUCGGCCUACUUUUCCGGCCAGUACCUCAAGGGUGAGCUCUACGAAGGUAGGCACUACAAGGAGGAUGCAGUGAACGGCAUACCGACAUUCCGAUACGACGGACCAGACGGCACCAUACAAACUUGGCAGCAUGCCUUCAAUUUGCAAGAUCUCGCGUCUGCGGCUGAUGGCGUUAUCAUUCUGUACCAUUACACCAACGAGCUUGGCUUCCAAAACGUGGGAAACAUGAGGCAGUCUGCAGCGGAGCUGUUUGCUUCGCUUGUUGCUGAGCGUGCCCACUUCGGCAAGGGAGUCUACACCACGCAGUAUGAGCCUACAGUGUGGCGGGAGAGGAUACGCGCCCUGCUCAACAACUACAGCAAUCUGGACCCACUGCGCGUGGAUCCCUUCGAUGAGGACGGCGAGAAGAGGAACCAAGAGUGGGGCCAGGGCAAUGCGCAGGGCCACCGGGCCGGUUUCUGCGUGCCGCUGAUUGUCCCAAAGAAGCUUGCCCACAAUAUCUUCGAGAGGCACACGCCUGACAUGGCCCAGAUUCGCAUUGAGGGACGGCCUCUGAAUCUGGGCGAGGAUAUCAAGGGUCGGAAGGUACAUGGAAACAGGGAUGUCUGGGUGGUUCAAAUCACAGACCACGGGGGCUCAGUGCAGCAUGCUCAGAUGAAGUCUGAUGCCCUUUCAGAUGUCUUAGAGAAGCGCCUGCAGCUACUUUGGAAACGCGGUCCGCAAAGCGAGAAGACUCUGCAGUGCAUGGGCGAGUUAGCUUCCAGGUACCAGGGACGCGGUAAAUAUGCGGAGGCGGAGCCCCUCCUCACCCAGCUCUACGCGACGCGUCGCGAAGGCCAAGCUGGCAAGGAGGGCGAAAGCCACGUGAGCCUGGCCUCCUUGGCCGGGCUCAUGCACCAGCAAGGCAAGACUUAUGAUGCAGAGCCCCUUUUCCGGAAGGCUCUGAAGGGUCUCCGAAGCGAGCUUGGAGACGAGCAUCCCGACACCCUCUGUUGCAAGAGGGCCUUCGCUACGCUGCUCGAGGACAUGGGCAAGCAUGAUGAGGCGGCUUUGCUCACUGGCAAGAAGAAGCCACCCAUCGCGGCGCCAAAGGGCGACGAUCUGCGUACGCGGGAGCAGAGUGCACGUGCUAAGCUGAAGGCGGCCGUGGCAGAGCAUGGCCCAGAACACGACGCAACCCGGCAGGGCAUGCGAGACCUGGCGGCAGUGUUGAAAGAGAAGGGCGAUUUCCAUGAGGCCGACAUGCUCUAUCACAUGAGUGGAGGUCCACCUGCAGAAGGGCAGCCCGGGAAUUCCCAGGGGUCCCCCCGUGUUUUACGCCGGAAGCUUCAGCAAUCGCUUGAGAAGUUGGGAGCGACGCAUCCGGACAGCUUGGGUGCCAUGCACUCGUUGGCUUGUGCCUUGCAUCAGCAGGGCGAGCUGAAUGAGGCACAGAAGCUCUGCAGCCAGGCACUGAAGGGGCGACGUGAGAAGAUGGGGCGAGGUCACCCAGAUACACUGGAAAGUAUGCAUGAGAUGGGAGUCCUUUUGAAGGAAGCCGGGCGGAUUCAGGAGGCCGAGCAGCUCUUCCGCGAAGGCCUCGAGAGCAGUCGCCAGACCUUGGGAGGCGUCCACCAGCGAACCGUCGAUUUCAACAACAGCCUGGCUCGCAUGCUCGAGGAGAACGGCCGAGCGGGUGAUGUGCCCGCCCCAGCCUCCUUCAAAGAAUGGCUGGCAGGGCACUGGACCCCUCAAGCCGGCCAGCCACACUUGGGAAUCCCUGGAAACGGAUCGCGUCAACCGAACUUGGCGAAAGACAUGGGGGAAGGAGACCCAAGCCGCAGCCGGCAAGAGGACUUGGAUGCAGAAAUCGAGCGGCUCAUGCUUGCAGACGACUCGGACGAGGAGAUUGAGAAAGCAUUGCGGUCCCAGGUGGCUGGUGGCGGUGCAGCUGCGGCGCGUGUGUUGCGGGAAGGCAUGGCCGGGAUGUUCAUGGAUGAGAACAUGGGCCGCGCUCUCCUACAAGGCAUUGACGACGACUUCUUAUCGCAGGCUGUAUUCGCUUCGCAGGGCCCCAUGGGUGGUGAAGUCACUGCAGCACAGCUGAUGCGGGAAGGCAUGCUGCGAAGCAGAUAG